UUUAUCAUUGUCCGUUUAUGUGUCGUCCAGUUUAAACGUCUUAAAUUUUAAAAUUUUAUCAUUUUAUAUACAUAUUUAUUUAUUUAUUUAUUUAUUUAAAGAAGCAAUUUUAUUUUUUUUAAUAUUAAUUAUGGAAUCGAUCAAUAAUUUUUCUAAUUUUAUUAAAAAUGUGGAAAUUACUAAAAAAGGCAAUACUGUAAAAUUUACAAUACAACCGAUUCCAAAAGAUCGAUACGAUGAAGCUGCUGAUCAUAUGUGCAAAUUUUUUUUAGCUGAUGAACCUUUAUGUGAAUGUGAAAAUUUGGUCGAUGAUUCAGAAUCGGUUGAGGAGUUUAGAUCACUAUUUCUAAAGGCACUGGAGGACAAUUUAAGUAUAGCGGCAUUUUUCGAAAAUCCAAAAGGAGGAAAACCUAUAAUUGCUGGAAUGAAUGUUCUUUUUCUUGGCGGAAAGGGUGAAAGAGUUGAUUUUAGCAAUACAAUUUGUAAAUCGAAGAAAGUUGCAAGAGUAAUGGAAAUUAUGGGAAUGCUGUCAGAGGGCGUUGAUGUGGAGAAAAUAUACGGAUGCAAGAAUUAUCUAGGAUGCUUUGGACUCAGUGUUGAUCCAUCAUUUCGUGGAAAUUCACUAGGAUACCAUCUUUUGGCGGCAAGAAAUGAAGUUGGUAGAUGGAAUAAUAUUUCGGCAACUUAUACCGUUUUUACGUCACCAAUAUCGACCAAAUUAGGUAUCGACGCUGGUUUUGAAGUAUUAUCCACGACAUUGCGCCAUCAAAUUGUCGACGAGAAUGGAGAAUUAUUGACGCCAAAAUGUAAGACCGAAAUAUUUCGAUGUAUGGGUAUGAGACUUGUUUGAAUUUCUUCUUUGAUAUCUGAAACAAAAUAUUGACAACGAUAACAAUUUAUUUCCAUUCUUAUCAGCAUUUUAUAAUAGCUUUUGAUGAUAUUGCAUCAUUGUUAAAUUAAAUAUAUAUAUAUAUAUAAACACUUAAUUACCAAAAAUUGAAUGAAUGCAUUGUAGAAAGAGUCUAAGGUAAUGAAUGUUGAGUACUUGGGCAUGCGCGCAAGUGCAAUAUAUUUGUCUCUGUCUUUCUCGUAAAUUCACACAAAUAAAAAAAACUAAAGUCACAAAAAUUUAAGCGACGGUGACAAAUCCUUUUAA